UCGCAAUCUCAGACCUCUCUCACUUAUCCCGUGCCACACCCCAUUCGAAUUUUCUCAGAGAAAGUGACGGAGAAAAUGGCUCCAUAGCAGCUCGAACUUUCCGAUUUCAGAUUCCUUCCCUUCUCUCUCGCCUUCUCGUAUCGCUUCUCGCCUGCGUCAGGCGUGCGUGUGUACACGUUUUUGUAAUCGUCUGUUGUUUGAUUUGAUUUGGGAGUGAUGGCGCAACCAAGGUACACUAGGAUUGACAACAGGAGGCCUUCUUCGUCAGGAUAUUGCUCAACGGUGACUAUAGUUGUGUUUGUGGCUCUGUGUUUAGUCGGUCUCUGGAUGAUGACGUCAUCCUCUCUUGGACCUGAUCAGAGUGUUAAUCUUGACAACAAAGAUGGGAUGAAGAACCAGAUGACUCCACCUGCGGAGGAAGGUAAUGGCCAGAAGCCUGAAGAGGCAACUGGUAAAACACCAAACGGAGAGAGCUCAAGCAAGGAAGAGGAGAAGGAAGAGAAGACUAAAGAAGAGUCUAGUUCAUCUGGUGAGACCGAAGGUGGGGAAAAUAAAAAGGAUGAUGGAAGUGAUCCGGAUGAGAAGAAAGAUUUGAAUGAAGAAAAUUCUGACUCUACUGAAAAGCAGACUAAGCCUGAGACGGAGGACAAUGAGUCCGGUGAGGAUGGGGAGAACCAAACGAAAUUCGAGGGUGAUGAAAGUGAGAAGAAGUCCAGUGACGAUGAUAAAGAAACCAAAACAGGCAAUGAAGGUGAUGAAACAAAGCCUGACAAGGAAAACACCAAGACAAGUGUGGUGGAGCAAGAGAGUCAGCCUAAAAACGAGACCUCAGGUGGGGCGCAGUUAGAGCUAGUGAAUGAAACAGUUGCACAGAAUGGUUCGUUUCCAACUCAAGCAACAGAGUCCAAAAAGGAGAAAGAAGCUCAGAAGAGUUCUGGUGAUCAAAUUGAUUUCGAAUGGAAGGUCUGCAAUACUACUGCCGGACCGGAUUACAUUCCUUGUCUUGAUAACGUGCAAGCCAUUAGGAGUCUUAAGAGUACUAAACAUUAUGAGCAUCGUGAGAGGCAUUGUCCAGACAGCCCGCCCACCUGUCUCGUUCCUUUGCCUGAAGGAUACAAGCGGCCAAUUGAGUGGCCUAAAAGUCGAGAAAAGAUCUGGUACACCAACGUCCCUCAUACCAAGCUUGCUGAGUAUAAGGGCCAUCAAAAUUGGGUUAAAGUGACCGGUGAGUAUCUAACUUUUCCAGGAGGAGGAACCCAAUUCAAGCAUGGUGCUCUUCAUUACAUCGAUUUCAUACAGGAGUCUGUCUCUGAUAUCGCGUGGGGUAAACGCUCGCGUGUGGUAUUGGAUGUUGGAUGCGGUGUUGCAAGCUUUGGAGGUUUCCUCUUCGACAGAGACGUGAUCACGAUGUCCCUUGCGCCUAAAGAUGAACAUGAAGCUCAAGUGCAGUUUGCUCUUGAGAGAGGCAUUCCUGCCAUUUCCGCAGUGAUGGGCACUACAAGGCUACCUUUCCCUGGCAGAGUGUUCGACAUUGUUCACUGUGCUCGAUGUAGAGUGCCAUGGCACAUAGAAGGUGGAAAACUCCUUCUGGAGCUAAACCGUGUAUUGAGACCUGGAGGCUUCUUUGUGUGGUCUGCUACUCCUGUUUAUCAGAAGAAGACGGAAGACGUUGAAAUUUGGAAAGCUAUGAGUGAACUCACAAAGAAAAUGUGUUGGGAACUCAUAUCGAUUAACAAGGACAAGAUCAACAAUGUUGGUGUAGCUACUUACAAAAAGCCUACUUCAAAUGAAUGCUACACAAGCAGAUCAAAACAAGAUCCUCCAAUUUGUGCCAACUCUGAUGACCCAAAUGCAUCUUGGAAAGUCCCACUUCAAGCAUGCAUGCACACCGCACCAGAAGACAAAACGCAACGUGGGUCUCAGUGGCCGGAGCAAUGGCCAGGGAGAUUAGAUAAACCACCGUACUGGUUAUCGAGUUCCCAGACGGGAGUAUAUGGAAAAGCAGCACCAGAGGAUUUCACCGCUGAUUAUGAGCACUGGAAACGUGUAGUGACCAAAUCGUACCUUAAAGGUUUAGGAAUCAACUGGGGAACUGUUAGAAAUGUCAUGGACAUGAAAGCCGUUUAUGGAGGAUUUGCAGCGGCUCUAAGAGAAAUGAAAGUGUGGGUGAUGAAUGUGGUUCCGAUAGAUUCACCAGACACGCUAGCAAUAAUCUAUGAGCGAGGACUCUUCGGUAUCUACCACGAUUGGUGUGAAUCUUUCAGUACUUACCCGAGAUCAUACGAUCUUCUUCACGCCGACCAUCUUUUCUCCAAACUCAAACAAAGGUGCAAUCUGACGGCGGUUGUGGCGGAAGUGGAUAGGGUGUUGAGACCGGAAGGGAAACUGAUAGUGAGGGACGAUGCGGAGACGAUACAAGAAGUGGAAGCAAUGGUGAAAGCGAUGAAAUGGGAAGUGCGUAUGACUUUCUCAAAGGAAAAAGAAGGUUUGCUUUCUGUUCAGAAGUCAAUUUGGCGACCCAAAGAUGUAGAGACUCUCACUUAUGCUAUCGCGGAUUGAGUUAGAAGGAAAAAAAAAAAGACUCUUUUUGUACGUUAAACACACACAGUCUUGUAUUGUCGUAACUCCUCGUUAUCAUCGUCUCUCUUUUUCUUCUUUUAGGAAAUUUAAUUCGUUUAUUUUGUAGCGUCGAGUAUGAGUUGAGUCACUUGUUUGAGUAUUGCCACUUUUUCUCUUCGUCUAAGAUGAUGAACUUGAGUGAA